AUGGGAGCCAUUCCACAGGCGGCUCUAGAGCGUUCCUUUUAGGCCACGUGACUGCCUACGUCAGUGGGAAAAAUAGUCCACCUUUUAGUUGACCAAAUACCGGCUCUUUACAGCCCAUCAUCUGGAUAGGCUUUACUUUGAUUGGCUCAUAACAAUAGCCUUCUGCGUGUCCCGAGGGGUUACGGAGAGUCGUAGUUUCAACGCAGCCGUCAACUCUAGCGUCUAUAGACUGGAGCGCCGCAAAAGCGAACUCCAUUCCAACGUGAAGAUCACGCCCACGGUUUCCCCACGCGGUCGCGCAGGCCACGCUCAAGGUCUCAUUGCGAGCGCGCACGCCACGCCCCCAAAUCUUUACCCACCCCUUUCCCUGUGUGUGUGUGAGUGCGUGCGCGCGCAGGGCGGAGGAGUGCGGCUGUGGCGCGGGCUCGGAAGUGUUGGUGUCGCAGCCGGUAAACGGGCAGUGGGAAGACGCAGAAGAAGCAGCCGCCAUGGCGGACAACGCCGGCCUAGAUAACCACCGUAUCAAGAGCUUUAAGAACAAGGGGCGAGAUGUGGAGACUAUGAGAAGACACAGAAAUGAAGUGACUGUUGAGCUGCGAAAGAACAAACGAGACGAGCACCUGUUGAAAAAAAGAAAUGUCCCACAAGAAGAGAGUUUAGAAGAUUCAGAUGUCGAUGGAGAUUUUAAAUCGCAAAAUGUAACACUCGAAGCAAUAUUGCAGAAUGCCACCAACGAUAAUCCAGCAGUCCAACUAAGUGCAGUGCAAGCAGCAAGAAAAUUACUGUCCAGUGACAGAAAUCCACCUAUUGAUGAUCUAAUAAAAUCGGGAAUUUUGCCGAUUCUAGUGAAAUGCUUAGAGGCAGAUGAUAACCCUCCUUUACAGUUUGAAGCAGCAUGGGCUUUAACUAACAUAGCAUCAGGAACCUCGGCACAAACCCAGGCAGUGGUUCAGUCCAAUGCUGUGCCUCUCUUCCUGCGACUUCUCCAUUCCCUGCAUCAAAAUGUUUGUGAACAAGCAGUGUGGGCACUUGGAAACAUUAUAGGUGAUGGUCCUCAGUGUAGAGAUUAUGUCAUCUCGCUUGGAGUUGUCAAACCUCUUCUGUCAUUCAUCAACCCCUCAAUCCCCAUCACUUUCCUUCGUAACGUCACUUGGGUCAUUGUAAAUCUCUGCCGAAAUAAGGACCCUCCACCACCCAUGGAGACUGUCCAGGAGAUUUUACCUGCUUUGUGUGUCCUCAUAUAUCAUACAGACAUCAAUAUUCUAGUGGAUACUGUAUGGGCUUUGUCUUACCUGACUGAUGGUGGAAAUGAGCAAAUACAGAUGGUGAUAGAUUCUGGAGUCGUUCCAUUUUUAGUACCUCUCUUGAGCCACCAGGAAGUAAAAGUACAAACUGCAGCCCUAAGGGCUGUUGGUAACAUUGUUACUGGAACAGAUGAACAGACUCAAGUCGUCUUAAACUGUGAUGUUCUUUCUCAUUUUCACAAUCUUCUAACCCACCCUAAAGAGAAAAUCAACAAGGAAGCAGUGUGGUUCUUAUCUAAUAUUACAGCAGGAAACCAGCAACAAGUUCAAGCUGUCAUAGAUGCCGGUCUAAUACCUAUGAUUAUACAUCAGCUGGCCAAGGGGGAUUUUGGAACCCAGAAGGAAGCUGCCUGGGCUAUCAGUAACUUGACGAUAAGUGGCAGAAAAGAUCAGGUGGAGUACCUUGUGCAGCAAAAUGUUAUCCCCCCGUUCUGCAGUUUGCUGUCUGUGAAGGAUUCUCAAGUGGUGCAAGUUGUUUUGGACGGUUUGAAAAACAUUCUAAUAAUGGCAGGAGAUGAAGCUAGCACUAUUGCUGAGAUUAUUGAAGAAUGUGGAGGAUUGGAGAAAAUAGAAGCACUGCAACAACACGAGAAUGAAGAAAUCUAUAAAUUAGCAUUUGAGAUCAUAGACCAGUAUUUCUCUGGUGAUGAUAUUGAUGAAGAUCAAAGCCUUGUUCCUGACGCUACCCCAGGAGGUACAUAUCAUUUUGAACCCACAGCCAGUUUGCAAACAAAGGAAUUUAACUUCUAAGUAUGUUGCUGUGCAGCUUUUCUGUCCCUCAGCAUACACCACCACCAGACACCAACCUGUUGAAGAAACAUUAAAGGCUUAAAGAUACACACACGCCUCUUCAUUUUGAUGCUUCUAAAGCAAAUCAUGUUAUCUGUCACCUUGCAGUUGCCAAAUGUCACAUUCACACGGACUGUAAUUGCAUAUGCAUGAUCUCGGUUUUCUUUGAAAUUCUGACAGUCCCAACUAUAUCUCCUGCUUUUUCCAUUCAGCACCAUGUGCUGACUGCCACAACGUUCUUCUUUCAAGUUAUUCCAUAGUGGUGGCAUAUCGGCUUACUGUGGGAAAAGUAGCUUCUCUUGAUUCUGGUGCACUGUAGAUCGAGACUUGGGUAGGAUGCCUUUGUUUUGGAAGAAUUUGCAGGAGUAGUCUGCUCUGAGCCUCCAUCUUCCUACAUGAACAUUUUCAUAUUUUGUGGAACUAAAAAAAUUUAAUGGAAAACAAAAAAAAAAAGUUUAAAAAAAACAAAAAAAAACAUGCAAGCCAAAAUAGUUCAUUCACGAAACCGAAUAAAGGUUUUACUUGGGUGAUUGAAUGAAACAAAUUGUUUAAGAGAAGGAAAACUGUAGUCCUGUCUCUAAUUGGUGUUUCCUAAGCUGCCUCAGAAGUCUGGAUUGGAGAGGAAAAAAAAAAAAUGGAACUAUUUCUAAGCAAAGUGCUUUGUAUUCUUUUGAACAUCACGCCGUACUUGAUCACUUCUACAUAUAUCCUGCUGUUUUUCUAAGCUUCUAGAAUACGUCCGCUGACCUGAAGCUGAAAGCAAGAGUCCCUUACUUCUAAAACGAAACCAAGAUUUUGACAAGAACAAACCUAAAAUGCGGGUGGGGGUGGAACCUUGCUUUCAUCUUUUAGCUGACUUAGUAUUUUGUUUUCUUUGGGUGGCUAAAGGCGUUUUAUUUGAUUGGGUUCAAACUGUGGAGCUUUCAUGUUUACUGUAAUGUAGUCUUAAACAAUUUAUACUUCGUAACCAGUGCUUUUAAAAUCAUGGUUGGCAACAAUCGCAGAACUAUUUAAAGCUUUAUUCCGAAUAACGCAGGAUGCUUAGCACAGAAAUUAGCCGACAAUUGGUGGAAACAAUAACGGCUCAUGUAAAAGGACAGAACUCCUAUGAAGUGGGUCUGUAGCGCAAUAUUGUCUCACUUUCCUGCUGUACAGUUCCCUUUAAUAAUGUCCACAUAUGAUGGCUGGCUUUAGAGGUCUGGGUAAUUUACUUGCUUAAUCCUGAUCUUGGACACCUGACAGUUAGAACCUGCUAAGAUUGUGAAAUAUUACAAUUAUAAUGGCUAUUUACUUUCACAAACUCUGACUUUAAGAGGGUUUUUUUGUGUGUGUGUUUAAUCGAAGCUACAGUUGCCUGAGUGACCAGGAGCAUGUCACAACUCACACUAAAACGCAGUGUAUUUGCGUUUUGACAAUUCCCAGUUAAGUGAUGUGAAGGGAUAGAGGAAUGAAAACUACUUAACUUACCUGAAUUGGUUAAUGUUUACUGUAUUGAGGAGAACGGACGCCAUGCAAGUUCUGUGGGUCAGCUUCCCUGUCCGUGAGUCCUGUUACUGGAGAGCAACACAGCAGAUGUGCUUUCAUUACAAUAUAUAUAUAUCUGCCAAGGUGGAGCCACUUUAAAGAGGGGGGUUUUGUCUUGUAUCGCCAGAAUGAUACAAGCGUAUGUUUAAACUGCAAGAUUUUUACUUGCUAAAGAAUCUGUUUUAAUAUAGCAGUUUGGCCUCUGAUUAUUUAUAGGUUUUAUAAAUUUUAGAAUCAAUUUCUCUUUAAGGUGGCUCAAAACUGAUUCAACUCUUGUGCACAUAAAAAAAUUGAGUUGAAGUUCAUUGUGCCUUUUUUUCUUUCCCCUGUCCCCAGAGUUUAGAGUUGAAGCUUCAUAUCGUAAGUGCAUCCCAUUCGCACCCUCCAGUCUAAAUGUGUGGUGUUUCACUUAAAAGUUACAGUUGAAGUCACAACUUGAUACGGUCAUGCUGCAGAACGGAGCCUAGUGACGCUUUUUACACGUGUGCAGUAUUUUUGUUUUCCUUUUUAACCAUUUAACCUCCAAAUUUUUCAAAAUGUCAGAUCGGUGUUCUUAGGGAAAACUGGCAGUUCCGCCAUGACGCUGCAACAGUUUCACCUGGGAGGAGUUUGCUUUCACAAGGAAGCUUUGCUGGCAGUUUGGAGUGUGCUAAAAGCCUUUAAAGAGUACAUGACUACUUUAAAGCUCUAACCAAGUGUUUGGUUCGCUUUUCCUGAGCCUGUGACCAUAUCAAGUUUUGACAAGAAUUGGGAAAAAAACUGAUUAUUGCUGCACUUUUAAGUUUUCAAAACAGUGUUUGAAAAAUGCAUUUUCUUUUAUAAUAACUGUUUAAAUGGACUAAAAUGUUCUUUCAGAAGAAGCAUCAAAAUGUGUUCCUAAUUUUGUAUAUGGGCUUAGGUUUUGUAACCAAUAAAAAGCUGCUAUCAAAUACUA